UUAUAAAACUGCAGUUGCCGGAGGUAGAGCAAGUCAAACCGCAACGCAGAUCCAUCAGGCAAAGGUGUCGAAAGCUGCUCACAGCACGCCACUAACAAAAGUGAAAUUCGUUGUAGUUUUCCUCGCUUUCCUUUUAAACACGACAAGGAGUUAUCAGGAGAAAAUGCCGGAGAAACAAGUGGCACCUGUUAUCACUAACCUGGAGGGUUUCGAGGAUAAUCUACCCGGUUACCUAAACUCCGAAAUCCCUGUUGCCGUACUCUUGGACUACGAUGGCACCUUGGCUCCCAUUGCGGAUAAUCCCGCCAAGACCAAAAUGCCCGUGGAACUGGAAUCCAUACUCCACAAUAUAGCCAAGCAUCCGAAAGUCUUCUUAGCUGUGAUCUCGGGACGAGGUCUCAAGGAUGUCCAAAAGCAAGUGAACAUCGAUGGGAUUACCUAUGCAGGAAAUCAUGGACUAGAAAUCGAAUAUCCCGAUGGCUCCAGGCACGACUAUGAGCUGCCCACAGAGAUCCAGAAAAACUACACGGAUAUGGUUAGGGAACUAAAGGAGAAAGUGGAGAAGAAUGGGGCCUGGGUGGAGGACAAGAAGGUGUCACUCACCUAUCACUACAGAGAUACACCAGUGGCUCUGAAGGAUCAGCAGAAACAGUUGGCUUCGGAGAUCUGCCAGAAGUAUGGCUUCCGAGCGAAUCAGGCCCAUGAAGCCAUCGAAGCUAAGCCUCCAGUAAACUGGAAUAAGGGAGAGGCUGCCUUGUAUAUCCUCAAGCAGAAAUUUGGUGAUGACUGGGCACAGAAGGUCAGUGUGGUCUUUGCUGGAGAUGACACCACAGAUGAAGAUGCCAUGAGGGUCCUCAGAGGCUUGGGACGCUCUUUUAGGAUUGCUGCAGAUUCUCAGAUCCAGACUUUUGCGGACUUCCGAUUGCCCAAGCAGGCUGUGAUGACGGAUCUUCUCAAGUGGAUAGCUAAUGUCUAUGUUAACUAGAUUUAAUAUAUAUUUUAGAAGCAAAGAAGUCGAUUUUUCUAUCAAAUUUUCAUUCGGUUUAUGUAUGAGCAAUAUUUAAAAAUCUUUUCAAAAUA